UCUGAGAUUGGUCACAGGGAGGGGGAAGAGAGAGACUGAGUGCAUGCCGUGUCCUGGGACCCUGUUUACUUAACAUUCCCAGCCAAGAAAGCCCUGGUUUAAACAGGAUUGCGGAUGCAGCCUGUUCAUAUCAGAUGAGGAAAUUAUUAUUGUGGGAUUUUAGAAAUUCCUUUGUUGAAGUCCUUAGUGUGGACUAUGAGAAUGCAGAAUGCCUUUCCUUUUGGGCCUGCGGCAGGAAAUCUGGGCAUCUUCUGGACUUCAGUUGGGCUAGGUGCUGUCAGACAUUUGUUUACUGAUGAGAGAAAUCUCAAAGGAGGACAAAGAAACCUGCAUAGGAAUCAACAAUCAGAGUUACAUCUGUGAAACAGGCCACUGCUGUGGACAGUCUCAAUGCUGCAAUUACUAUUAUGAACUCUGGUGGUUCUGGCUAGUAUGGACGAUCAUCAUCAUACUGAGUUGCUGUUGUGUUUGCCAUCACCGGCGCGCUAAACACAGACUUCAAGCACAACAACGGCAGCAUGAGAUUAACCUGAUUGCCUAUCGUGAAGCUCAUAAUUACUCCACUCUGCCAUUUUAUUUCCGAUUUUUGCCAAAUUAUUUACUACCUCCCUAUGAGGAAGUGGUGAAUCGACCUCCAACCCCUCCCCCACCAUAUAGUGCCUUACAUCAGCAAUGUGUUACACCUGGCAGCAGCAGUGCGACACCAGACACAAGAAACCUACAGCCAGGCCAGACAGGCUGUCUGGCAGGAGCAGGAAGCAAUAAUGGAAGCACGGACAGCACUGCCUCCCCCAGCAUCGGGGAUCCCGAAUCCUCCACCCCUCUAGUUGAACGAUCAACCGCCAAGGCAACGAAUGGCGAGCAAAGGAACUCCAUUAGUGGGGCAGAGUUGGAAGAGAUGGCUGAUCAUGUUCCCUGUUCUGACAAGGAGUCGGAGUGCAAGGAGGAACUGCUUAAGGAUUACAACUCAGAAAGCUUAGACCACAACAGCGCCUUCUCCGAUGCUAAAGACAAGACACCUGGCAGACACCGAAGGUUCACUGGUGACUCAGGCAUUGAAAUCUGCAUCUGUAACCAGGGCCAUCAUGACAGUGAUCUUAAGGAGUUGGAUGGGUUAAUUGAUGAUGGGCCCAUGGACUUCUGUGAUAGCUGCAGUGGCCAUCCUCCGCAUGGAGAUGAAGAAGAAGGGCUUUUCAGUGCCUCGGAUGAGCAGCACCGAGAGCAUAACCACCACCACCUCCCCCGGCAGCCUGCUUGUGUGCUCCUGAACACCAUAAAUGAGCAGGACUCCCCAAACUCUCAUGCCAAUACAUCCCCCAGCUAAAACACUCAAAGUCAGAAAGGAAAUUCUACAAAAGGAUAAAUACGACUUCAACCAAAAACAAGUUGGUUCAGCUUUUGUCUUCAGAUGUAACUAUGGGAAUAACCCCAAAAUGUAUGGAGGAAAGGGCAGAAGCUUCUGGGCCUUUCCCCCCCAUAUUGCCUCCCCUCUCCUCCAUCUUGUUAGGGGCUUAAGAUUAAAAGCGAGAUCAUUUUUAUACAUAUAAAAAAAAGAGAGAGAAAAACUUUUCCUAUUGCUGAUUUUGGUGACGGUUUAUUUGGUUGAUGGUUUUCUUAACGUUUUCAAGACCGGCUUUAUUUUAUUAUCAAGAAGACUUAGCUUGACCCUGUGAGAACAAGGAGUACUAGUGUGUCUCUUCCCCCUCCCCUUUCCAGGUGUCUUCCCGGAAGUCAGUGGCAUUUGAUGGCCCUGGCAGCCUGUCUAGUCAGUGCCAUUGCGGGGUUAAAAUGAAUCCCCAGAGGUAUGUAGGGGAGGGGGGGUUAACUGAUACAGUGCUGUAACCUCUGGUGCAUGGUUGGUUACAGCAACCUGUAGGAAGCUUUUUCCUCUUGAAGCUGGUAACUGUUAAGGACCAGUUUCUUCCAGAAAAUAAGAACUGCUAGUCUGAAACCUAAACGUUUAUGCAAAAAGCAGGUUUCAGAUGCUGACUGAGUUUAAUUUUUUUUAAAGCAACUUUGAGUAUAAUUCUUUUAAAGGCAAAUGUAUUCCUUCAAUUGAUGCCUAUGAGUGAGACUCCUGGCAGAAGGAGCUGCCUUUUCCAGUACUGUGGUCUCUAAAUAACUUUCAACUGGUGUGCUUUAAUGCAACAGAGCAGGGGCUUCGCAACUUCAGGCCAGCACGCUAGUUAAAAUGACAAAACGAAACCAAACACACACACACACAGAACAGGGCUGUCUUUUUGGCCAGCGUGCCUUCAGGUUUCAGCGAUGCUUGUUGAACAAAUGGAGACAAGAACUCCAUCCACUGCAAAAGGAUGACUUGCAGCGUCAAUGUGGAAGACCUGUGCAGUAUUUUUCUUUUCUUUGUUUCUCUUUUGUUUGUUUGUUUGUUUAGUCCAAAUGUUUAGCGUGAUGCUAAUGGUGACCACUUAAAAGAAUGGUGUGUCUGUGUUUCUCUUUAUUGAUCGCGGCAACAGGCUACUGUAUAAUGUCUGAGUGUGUAUGCGUGUCUGACUGCAGUACAUGCAUGUGUGUUUCCUACUGGUGAUAUGAAACUUGUUGCUGUAAGACUGCAAAAACAAAACAAAAAAGACUGUUGCUUUGCUUUAAACAAACAGUGGAGCUUUUGUUAGUAACAACCCCAAGGGGGAAGGGAAAAAAAACUCAAGCAGCUGAAACUAACAUUCCCUGGAGCGUUCCUGUGGAAGAGAGCAAGCCUUGGUUUCUAUAUUAAGUGUGAUAGAGUUUUGUUUUCCCCUUUCCCUUUUCUUUAAUUACGGUUGUCUGGGUCAUUUAAUGUCAUAAAUAGACUUUCAGAUUUGAUUGCUUGAAACCAAAAUCAGUUUGAAAUACGGUGUAAACACAAAUAUAAUGCCUUUUUUUCUGAUAA